UCUCUGGUCUGUCCGGGACAGACUGGCGGGCGGGCGGGCGCUGACGCCGCGGGGCCGGAGCGGGCCGUGCGGGAGCGCGCGGACGGAGCAGCGGCGCCGUCGGUCCCCGUCGGGGCUCCGUGGGUCCCCGACUCGCCCCCGGCCGGGCCAUGGCGGGCGCCAGGCCCGGCGUCCACGCGCUGCAGCUGGAGCCGCCCACCGUGGUAGAGACCCUGCGGCGCGGGAGUAAGUUCAUCAAAUGGGACGAGGAGGCUUCCAGUCGGAACCUGGUGACCCUGCGUGUGGACCCCAAUGGCUUCUUCCUGUACUGGACAGGACCCAACAUGGAGGUGGACACCCUGGACAUCAGUUCCAUCAGGGACACGCGGACGGGACGUUAUGCCCGCCUGCCCAAGGACCCCAAGAUCCGAGAGGUGCUGGGCUUUGGAGGCCCUGACACCCGGCUGGAGGAGAAGUUGAUGACAGUGGUGGCCGGGCCAGACCCGGUGAAUACAACAUUCUUGAACUUCAUGGCCGUGCAGGAUGACACAGCCAAGGUCUGGACCGAGGAGCUGUUCAAGCUGGCUAUGAACAUCCUGGCUCAGAACGCCUCCCGGAACACCUUUCUGAGAAAAGCAUACACCAAGCUGAAGCUGCAGGUGAACCAGGAUGGACGGAUCCCAGUGAAGAACAUCCUGAAGAUGUUCUCAGCAGAUAAGAAGCGCGUCGAGACUGCGCUGGAAUCCUGUGGCCUCAAUUUCAACCGGAGUGAGUCCAUCCGGCCCGACGAGUUCUCCUUGGAAAUCUUCGAGCGGUUCCUGAAUAAGCUGUGUCUGCGGCCAGACAUUGACAAGAUCCUGCUGGAGAUAGGCGCCAAGGGCAAGCCAUACCUGACGCUGGAGCAGCUCAUGGACUUCAUCAACCAGAAGCAACGGGACCCGAGGCUCAACGAAGUGCUGUACCCACCCCUGCGGCCCUCCCAGGCCCGGCUGCUCAUUGAGAAGUAUGAGCCCAACCAGCAGUUCCUGGAACGAGACCAGAUGUCCAUGGAGGGCUUCAGCCGCUACCUGGGGGGUGAGGAGAAUGGAAUCCUGCCCUUGGAGGCCCUGGAUCUGAGCGCAGACAUGACCCAGCCGCUAAGCGCCUACUUCAUCAACUCCUCACACAACACCUAUCUCACAGCGGGGCAGCUGGCUGGGACGUCGUCGGUGGAGAUGUACCGGCAGGCACUGCUCUGGGGCUGCCGCUGCGUGGAGCUGGACGUGUGGAAAGGGCGGCCCCCGGAGGAGGAGCCCUUUAUCACCCACGGCUUCACCAUGACCACCGAGGUGCCGCUGCGAGACGUGCUCGAGGCCAUUGCGGAAACCGCCUUCAAGACCUCGCCCUACCCUGUCAUCCUUUCCUUCGAGAACCACGUGGACUCGGCAAAGCAGCAGGCCAAGAUGGCCGAGUACUGUCGUUCGAUCUUCGGGGACGCGCUGCUCAUCGACCCACUGGACAAGUACCCGCUGGCCCCAGGCGUCCCCCUGCCCAGCCCCCAGGACCUGAUGGGCCGCAUCCUGGUGAAGAACAAGAAGCGACACCAGCCCAGCACUGGUGUCCCCAACAGCUCCAUUCGCAAGCGGCCGCUGGAGCAGAGCAACUCGGCCCUGAGCGAGAGCUCUGCCGCCACCGAGCCCUCCUCACCUCAGCUCGGGUCCCCCAGCUCUGACAGCUGCCUGGGCCUGAGCAAUGGGGAAGAGCUGGGCCUUGAGAAGCCCAGCCUGGAGCCUCGGAAGUCUCUGGGCGAGGAGGGGCUACAGCGGGGCCCUGAUGCUCUUGGAUCUGCCGACCGUGAGGAUGAGGAGGAAGACGAGGAAGAGGAGGAACAGGCAGAUCCCAAAAAGCCGACCUCAGAUGAGGGCACUGCCAGCAGCGAAGUCAAUGCCACUGAGGAGAUGUCAACACUCGUCAACUACAUCGAGCCUGUCAAGUUCAAGUCCUUUGAGGCUGCUCGAAAGAGGAACAAAUGCUUCGAGAUGUCAUCCUUCGUGGAAACCAAGGCCAUGGAGCAACUGACCAAGAGCCCCAUGGAGUUUGUGGAAUACAAUAAACAACAGCUCAGCCGCAUCUACCCCAAGGGCACCCGCGUGGACUCCUCCAACUACAUGCCCCAGCUCUUCUGGAACGUGGGCUGCCAGCUUGUGGCCCUCAACUUUCAGACCCUGGAUGUGGCGAUGCAGCUCAACGCGGGUGUGUUUGAGUACAACGGGCGCAGCGGCUACCUGCUCAAGCCCGAGUUCAUGCGGCGGCCGGACAAGUCCUUCGACCCCUUCACCGAAGUCAUCGUGGACGGCAUCGUGGCCAAUGCCUUGCGGGUCAAGGUGAUCUCGGGGCAGUUCCUGUCCGACAGGAAGGUGGGCAUCUACGUGGAGGUGGACAUGUUUGGCCUCCCCGUUGACACACGACGCAAGUACCGCACUCGGACGUCUCAGGGGAACUCGUUCAAUCCUGUGUGGGAUGAGGAACCCUUUGACUUCCCCAAGGUGGUGCUCCCCACGCUGGCUUCGCUGCGCAUCGCAGCCUUUGAGGAAGGCGGCAAGUUUGUGGGGCAUCGGAUUCUGCCCGUCUCUGCCAUCCGUUCAGGGUACCACUACAUUUGCCUGCGGAAUGAGGCCAACCAGCCGCUCUGCCUGCCAGCCCUGCUCAUAUACACCGAAGCCUCCGACUAUAUUCCUGAUGACCACCAGGACUACGCAGAGGCCCUGAUCAACCCCAUCAAGCAUGUCAGCCUGAUGGACCAGAGGGCCAAGCAGUUGGCCGCCCUCAUCGGGGAGAGCGAGGCUCAGGUUGGCCCAGAAACCUGCCAGGAGACUCCAUCUCAGCAGCCGGUGACCCCAAACCCCACACCCAGCACACUGGACAUCUCCCCGCGCCGGCCCCCGGGCCCCGCCACGUCCCCUAGCAGCCCCUCCCUCAGCAGCCCAGGGCAGCGCGACGACCUCAUCGCCAGCCUCCUCUCAGAGGUGGCCCCGGCCCCGCUGGAUGAGCUCCGAGGCCACAAGGCUCUGGUGAAACUCCGGAGCCGGCAAGAACGAGAGCUUCGGGAGCUGCGCAAGAAGCAUCAGCGGAAGGCGGUUGCCCUCACUCGCCGAUUGCUCGACGGCUUGGCCCAGGCCCGGGCUGAGCGCAGGUGCCGGCAGCGGCCGGGUGUCCUACACCGCCCUCCCAGCCCGAGUCCCUGUGACAACCUGAGUGUCACCCAGAGGGGUUCUUCCUGCAGAGGCGGGGAGGACGAGAAGGUGGAGGAGGAAGAGGUGAAGCGGUAUCGAGAGUUCCAGAAGAGACAGGUGCAGAGUCUGCUGGAGCUGCGGGAGGCCCAGGCGGAUACAGAGGCCGAGCGGAGGCUGGAGCAUCUGCGACAGGUGAGGUGGGCGUGGGGCAGCCAGCGGGGUGGGGGCCCGUCUCUCGGACAGACCCGGCCUCAGCCUGUGUCACCUGGUGGCCGCCCGUGUCCGCAGGCUCAGCAGCGGCUCAGGGAGAUCGUCCUGGAUGCUCACGCGACCCAGUUCAAGCGGCUGAAGGAGACGAACGAGAGGGAGAAGAAGGAGCUGCAGAAGAUUCUGGACAGGAAGCGCCACAACAGUAUCUCAGAAGCCAAGACAAGGGAGAAACAUAAGAAGGAGGCGGAACUGACAGAGAUUAACCGUCGGCACAUCACCGAGUCCGUCAACUCCAUCCGUCGGCUGGAGGAGGCCCAGAAGCAGCGGCACGAACGCCUUGUGGCCGGGCAGCAGCAGGUGCUGCAGCAGCUGGCCGAAGAAGAGCCCAAGCUGCUGGCCCAACUGGCCCAGGAGUGUCAGGAACAGCGGGCAAGGCUGCCCCAGGAGGCCUGCCGGAGCCUGCUGGGCGAGACGCCGGAGGGGCUGGGGGACGGGCAUCUGGUGGCCUGUGCCAGCAAUGGUCACGCACCUGGGAGCGGCGGGCACCUGUCUGGCGCCGACUCAGAGAGCCAAGAGGAGAAUACGAAGCUCUGAACUGGCUGAGCGAGAGGUGGCCACAGGAUGGGUGCUGGGAGGGCAGGAAGCUAAGACACUAAGGCUCUUGUUUUUGUUUUUGUUUUUGUUUUUAACUUUUUAUCUUUAGAAAUUUUAUUUUUUUAAACCGGGGCAAGCAACCCCACACUAACCCCCUUACUUCACCCUCCUGGGGCCCCAUUAGUCCCCAGCCCCUCCUUCCUGCCUUCAGUCCUAAGGAAGGUGCUGGGUCACUGUGGGCCGGGAGGUUUUUGCGCUCCCUUGGUGCCCACACCCCAGAGUGGGGGUUGUCUCCCUCACUUCCCCCCGGGAACACUGGCGGAGACUUUGAGCUCUGGGAAGUAGGGUCACCUUCUUGCUC